UCGGCUCCCAGCUGCCCAGCUCUCCUCUAAAGCCGCGGACUCUGUCCCCCCUGAGGAUCCGAAGCAGAAAAAGAAAACCCAAAAAUCAAAUCCACUAAGUCCUCCAAACCUCCCAUUCCUCCUUCUAAGAAGCCCAGCGCCAAAACUUCCAAACCAGACAAAGCUGCUCGUUUUGAGCCACACCAGCCUUUCCUCCCUCCCCCUCCUUUCAAGGAAUCGUCGAGGGAUGACCAGGACUUUGCCUCUGACCAGGAGGAUCUCCAACAGACGGUGAUUUCUGCUAUGGUACCGAGUUUCACCCCGAGUUUCGGCCAACCAGUGGCUGUGAUUCCCUCCAGCCUGGCCUCAGCCCGUUCCAACCCCGCAACAGGGAGGGCAGUUGAAACUCAGGUCUCUGAUCCCGAAUCUCCCGCCCGCUCCCCCAGGAAACGAAUGGAGAAACAAAAGCAUGUAUCCCCACAGAGACCCUCCACACGUUUGGAGAUUUCUUUCCAUUCCCUAUGAUGGCAUACCAGCUUUUUGACCCCGCUGUCUGGUAUGAUAUCACUUUGAGCGAUAUUAUACGGACCAACAGAAACUAGCUUGUUUUGCCCCUGAAACUGCCAAGUCCUCUCCUCCUGAGAGAGGUUCUCCCAAGACACAGCAACUAGCUUUGACAUCGUCCUAGCCCAGACUCCCAACGUCAUGGGAAUCAUAUUCUGCCCCUGAUGGCAUGGAGCACCCCCAUAUGCGGGAUCAGUCUCCUUAUGAACCCCGAUGUCAUGACACUUCACCUUAUUCACAACUGUCCUUUGAUGGCAACCAAUCUGUCUCAUCACAUCGUUCCUCUCCUGAUGUUCCUACCCCUCCAGACGGGACUAAAGAGGCUCACCUUUCCUCCCCAUCGGAGGACCUCUCCUCUUACACUCACUUUAUUCCAUGCACGGCUCAUGCCCUUCACCUUCAGGUGGAGGAACCUUCACCUCCCGAGCCCAACCCUGUCUUCGAUGACAUCCUUCAUGACACAACAUCGCCAGUCAGCCUCUCCUUUAAUAAAUCAGUCUUACAACUCAUCAAAGACACUUGGGACAAACCCCCUUCUAUGAUGCAGAUAUCUCGUACAACUCCCAUGGCGAUGACAUUGGCUUCCUCAAUAAACACCCUCUACCAAAUUCCAUUAUAGUGGAAUCUAACCAGUCCCGUAGCUCUAACAAAUCUAAGGCUACACCUAUGAACAAGAAAGGCAGGAAACUUGAUAUCCUCGGCAGGCGAGUUUACUCCCUACAGUCCUUCCUCCUACGGAAUAUCAACUGUCAGGCCACUAUGGGAGCAUAUCAAUGUUACCUUUGGAACAGGGUCCUCCCUCUUUUGGAAACCGUUCCUGAGUCAGUAAAAUCUGACCUUAUAGACAUUCAUGCUGAAGCUAUCACCAUGGCCAAACAUCAACGGCUUGCAGUGUGCCACGCAGCAGAAGCCGCAUCCAAGACCUUGGUAUCAUCCAUUUCCAUUCGUCACCAUGCUUGGCUUCGCUCAUCAACUAUUUCUGAUGACACCAAGUCCCGCAUCGAGGAUUUACCCUUCGACGGUACUGGACUGUUCAAUAGCAAGACGGAUAAGGCUGUGUAGAACUUCCACAAAAUGCGCAAGACCGCAAAAUCUUACUCUUCCCAGCAAUUCUCUACCUACUCAAGGUCUAACUACCGCUUCAAUCAACCCUAUUCCCAACCAUACUCCCAAUAUCAAUACCAGCGGUAUCAGCCAUACAGGCAAUUUCGACCUUAUCAGCGAGACAGGUCUUCCUCAACCCCGCAGCCACUCCUGCCUUCCUUUCGUCCCUGCAGUUCAACUCCACGUCAAUCUCUUCCCAAGUACCAGAGGAAGGAACAAUUGGUUCAUCAUCAUCGAUCUACAAGAUGCCUAUUUCCACAUCUCCAUACAUCCUUCCCAUCAAAAAUACCUCCGCUUUCAUUUCAACGAUGCUGUCUUCCAAUAUUGCUCCUUGCCAUUCAGGUUCUCUACAGCCCCAAGGACUUUCACAAAAUGUGUGGCACCCAUCAUCACUUACCUACGCCUCCAUGGCAUCACCAUUUAUCCCUACAUCAAUGAUUGGCUAAUUGUCACACCAUCUUACCACGACGCCAUAGCCACCCGAGACUUCACUCUCAUCACCUUGCAGAGGCUCAGACUGACUGUAAAUGUGCAGAAGUCUCACCUUCAGCCCAAACAGACGGCCCUCUUUAUCGGUGCUCACAUCAACUCCUUGCAGGCAAAGGCCUUUCUUCCUCAUGAAAGGUUCCUAAAAAUAAAGGACUCAAUAUCGUUCUUCCGAACCCAUCAAACUGUCCCCGCUCAUUGAGCGCAGCGCCUCCUUGGCCUCAUGGCAUCUACCACAUCAUUGAUCCUCCACACCAGACUCAAAAUGACGCCACUUCAGUCUUGGUUCCUCAUGCUGUUUGACCCCAUGUCAGACCUCCCAAGCAAAAGACUACCAGUCCCAUGCGAACUAAUCACUCAACUCGCAUGGUGGACUUACCUUCCACACCUGCUGACCUUUCUGCCUCUCCAACCCACUAUCCAGGUCACCACCGACACAAGCCUGUCCGGUUGGGGUGCCCACUGCCUUUCCCACAAAAUCCACGGGCUGUGGUCAAAACAGAAACAGACUCUCCACAUAAACCACUUAGAACUUCUGGCUGUCAUCAGAGCCUUCAGUGCCUUUCUCCCACUCAUCAAGGGACAAGUGGUCUAGCUAGCCACGGACAAUACAACAGUGCUCUUCUAUGUAAACAAGCAGGGAGGAACACACUCCCGCUCCCUAUUUUAUUUGACUGUCAACCUUUGGGAAUGGUGCUACUGCAAACACAUCUACCCCAUAGCUGUCCAUAAGCCGCCCUGAGUAGACAUAGUCUAGAGGGGCGGGGUA